GGGCGCGGUGCAUGCCGGUAACCAAGCAGACUGUCCCCCCUCGCUCGUUCACUGGCUAGUCUGUCGCUUCCGCCGCCAUGUUGCUUUGGGCCCCGGAUCCUGGCGGUCGCCCCUAGCCUUGGGCCGCCCCCGCAGCCUGCCCCCAGUCCUCGCCGGGCCCUGGCGGUGGCGGAAGGAGAGCCCGAGCCCGGCCGGGGAGAACGAAGGAGGCUUCGCUGCUCUCGCCGCCUGGACCAUGUCCGGCAAGGAGGGGCCGCGGGUGCUUCUGGGGACGCCUCUCGGCGGCACCUGUGAGCGGGCCGUCAAGGCUGUCCCUUUCCCACCAACACAUCGACUAACGUUGGAAGAAGUGUUUGAUACAGAUGGAAAGCCCCGGGUUGAUAUUUUGAAGAACCACUUAAUAAAAGAAGGUCGGGUAGAUGAAGAAAUUGCACUUAGAAUCAUCAAUGAGGGUGCUGCAAUUUUAAGAAGAGAGAAAACCAUGAUAGAAGUCGAAGCUCCUAUUACAGUGUGUGGAGACAUUCAUGGCCAGUUCUUUGACCUAAUGAAGCUAUUUGAAGUGGGAGGAUCCCCUGCUAACACAAGAUACCUGUUCCUUGGUGACUAUGUAGACAGAGGAUAUUUUAGCAUAGAGUGUGUGCUAUAUUUGUGGGUCCUGAAAAUUCUGUACCCAAACACGUUAUUUCUUUUGAGAGGCAACCAUGAAUGUAGGCACCUCACAGAAUAUUUUACUUUUAAGCAGGAAUGUAAAAUAAAAUAUUCUGAAAGAGUCUAUGAUGCUUGCAUGGAAGCUUUCGAUUGUCUCCCUCUUGCUGCACUUCUAAACCAACAGUUUCUUUGUGUCCAUGGUGGUCUGUCUCCAGAAAUAAAUACAAUAGAUGAUAUUAGGAGGUUAGAUAGAUUCAAAGAGCCCCCAGCAUUUGGACCAAUGUGUGACUUAUUGUGGUCGGAUCCCUCAGAAGACUUUGGAAAUGAAAAAUCACAAGAGCAUUUCAGCCACAAUACAGUCAGAGGAUGUUCCUAUUUUUAUAGCUAUCCUGCAGUUUGUGAAUUUUUGCAGAAUAAUAAUUUAUUGUCCAUUAUCAGAGCUCAUGAAGCACAAGAUGCAGGUUAUAGAAUGUACAGGAAAAGUCAGACAACAGGCUUCCCAUCAUUAAUAACCAUUUUUUCGGCACCUAAUUAUUUGGAUGUGUACAAUAAUAAAGCUGCUGUAUUAAAAUAUGAAAACAAUGUUAUGAAUAUUCGGCAGUUCAACUGUUCACCGCAUCCUUAUUGGUUGCCAAAUUUUAUGGAUGUUUUCACAUGGUCAUUGCCAUUUGUUGGAGAAAAAGUAACAGAAAUGCUGGUGAAUGUUCUGAGCAUUUGCUCUGAUGAUGAACUAAUGACGGAGGGAGAAGAUCAAUUUGACGAGCGACUCAUAUAUGGCAAUAAAAAAGUAGGUACAGCUGCAGCACGAAAAGAAAUAAUCAGAAACAAAAUACGUGCAAUUGGCAAGAUGGCAAGAGUUUUCUCUGUUCUCAGGGAGGAGAGUGAAAGUGUACUGACACUCAAGGGUUUGACUCCCACUGGAAUGUUACCUAGUGGAGUAUUGGCUGGAGGACGCCAGACCUUGCAAAGUGCCACAGUAGAGGCAAUUGAGGCUGAAAAAGCAAUACGAGGAUUCUCUCCACAACAUAAAAUCUGCAGUUUUGAAGAGGCAAAAGGUCUGGAUAGGAUUAAUGAGAGAAUGCCACCGAGAAAAGAUGCUCUUCUGCAAGACAGCAUUAAUUCUGUGAACACAACAAAUGACAAUGGGACUGGCAAUAACAAUGCAUAGUGAUCACCAGAUCUUCUUCUCUUUUAUUUGCUUCCCCUUUGUCUUGCCUGAGAAUUCCUAGAGGACUGCUUCUUGAUAUGACAAUAGCCAAAACACCCCAGGGAGAUCCAGUCCACAUGCUUUACAUCAGGUGAAACCAUAGCUUGCUCUUACUAAAGAGAAGCCAUGAUGCUUUGGAGAUGACAACACCUCUUCUAAAGGAGAUGACUUGGAUAUAAGCAGAGUUUUGCCAAAGCUGAACUGUGGAGAGAUCUGGGGGCAAGAUUCAGCUAUGAUCACAAAAGCCCCCAUAUAGACUAGCAUGUUUCCUUUUUAUCAAUGUCAACACUUUUUACGUUUACAGAAUGGGAUUGUCUUUUUAAAGUAGAGCUAGGUGGUGAUGUGUCUUGUUUUUUUAAUUGGACAUUCUCAUGCAUCCCUAAGAACUAUUUAUUUAAUGGUCUUAUGAAAUGUCUUUAAACAUUAGUUUUACAAUGGUCUUAAAAUAGAAAUCUGAGGCUUCAGACAACUCUUUUAAAUAAAUGAGGAAAAAUGCCAAAAAUCUUAGUAAUAUAAAAUGCUGACCUCAGGUGUACUCCUGUUGCUAAAUCUGUAUAAUGUUCAUAAUGCUCAACAUUUUUAGUUAAGACUUAUUGGAGUAUUUCUAUAUAGAAAUGUUUAUUACUUGAACAUAGGUUUUGAAAAAUACUUUAAUUUAGAACUUUUUAAAUUUAGAACUUUAAUUUAAACCAUUUUUUAGGCUUUCUCCACACUUGAAUAUUUAGAAAGUCAAAUGGUAUAAACAUGGUUAAUUUUAAGGUACUCCUAAUUGAACUUUGUACAUUGUGUUUUAAGUACAUUUGAUUCAUAUCAAAUCUGUAAAGCUUGGCUUUGUAUUUUGUGUAUGCAUGUUUUCAUUUUGCAGAUAUUUAAUAUAUAGACGUAUGAUGUACAGGAAAAUAAUCUUAUAGGUAGAUGUUACAGAUAUUUCAGUUCAUUGUAUUGCUUAAAUAGCUAAUAAUCAUUGGGCUGAGUGGCUGCAAAUGUGUCCUUUUAAUACUGUAAAAUAAUGAAUUUGUUUUGGCCAUACAAUGCAUAAGUAAUCUGUUCGAUGUUAAGGUGUUAGUGAAAAUACAAACUCAAGAUGCAUGUUAUGUUUUUGAUAGCUACUGGACUGUUUGGUUAAAAUGAAAUGAAACCAUGUGCUGAUUUUACAAAUAAUGAACUGUAGUCAAAUGCCACUUCCAUUUCUUGACCUUUUGCUACUUACCUUUCUCACCCCAUGGAAAACAAUUUGAAUAUUUUGUUAAUAGAUUUCACCUCCCAAUAGCAAACUAAUAGCAAAAUACAGACUGUACAUAACCCUGUCUAAAUUGGCAAUUUGCAUGUUUUGAAUCAUUCAAGUGUUUUAUAAAAGAAGCGCACAAUAAACCUUGUGCAUGGGCCAUG